AUGAAUGGGCUGCCCGUCGCAGAGGCGCCGGGCGGCGCGGGCUGCGCCCUGGCCGGGCUUCCGCCGCUGCCGCGCGGCCUCAGCGGGCUGCUCAACGCCAGCGGGGGCUCGUGGCGGGAGCUGGAGCGCGUCUACAGCCAGCGCAGCCGCAUCCACGACGAGCUGAGCCGCGCCGCCCGCGCCCCGGACGGGCCCCGCCACGCCGCCGGCGCCGCCACCGCGGGCCCCGCCGCCGGAGCCCCCGGCCCGCGCCGCCCUGUCAACCUCGACUCGGCGCUAGCGGCGCUGCGCAAAGAGAUGGUGGGGCUGCGGCAGUUGGACAUGUCCCUGCUCUGCCAGCUGUGGGGCCUGUACGAGUCAAUCCAGGACUACAAGCACCUGUGCCAAGACCUGAGCCUGUGCCAGGACCUGUCCUCCUCCCUGCACUCAGACAGCUCCUACCCACCUGAUGCCGGCCUGUCCGAUGACGAGGAGCCUCCCGAUGCCAGCCUGCCCCCAGACCCGCCACCCCUCACUGUGCCUCAGACGCACAAUGCCCGCGACCAGUGGCUGCAGGAUGCCUUCCAGAUUAGCCUCUGAAGUGUCAGGGAGGCAGGGGACGUGCAUGCCCGCAGCAGGCUCAGAAUCUCAACCCUCAGCAAGUGCUCAGAUGGUAGUGCCUGCUUUUCCUCACAGCAGCUCCCUUCAUAGGCGGCAAGGCCCGAGACCCCAGAGGCAAAACUGCCAAUCCUCCUAAUCUGGGUUAGCUGGCACUGAGGUGGGCACCUCAGCUACACAGCCUCUGCCCGUGGUACUGCUCCCACACCUGUGUGCCCCGAUGUGGCCACCCUUCAGUCUGGUGGUGGGCCCCACGCAUCUCGCCUCCGUGGCUUCUCGACUUGGGACGAGUGUCCGGCUCCCGACUCCCUUUCAACCUUUUGCUGCUCUUGGCAGCUGCUGGCUCAGGGGCAUCCCACCUCCGGUCCCUGGUGCCCACUGCCUAGACCAGGGCUCCAGAACCCAUUCCUGCGCCCACCCACGGCCGGGAGGGUCCGUGCUGGAUAUUUAAGUGUAGGGGCGGCCCCCGGGCGCUAGAUGAAUAAACGCUCUCAGCGAUCCUGUGUUCCGACUGCCUGGCUCCUGGC